UGUCUCUUCUUCCGUUGUGUGGUUGUCCUGGCAUAAAACAACGCAAUCCUUGUCUUUUUGGCAAAGUCUGCAGGAAUAAAAAAAAUCUCAGCCUUGUCCAUUACUGCUGAGCUGAAAGAAGGUGGAAAAGGAGCCGUGACGGAAACUUCUCGGUUUGGGAAUCGGUUUUGUGUUUAUGUAAAUGAGAUGGACAACAUGUCCAGCGGUGUCGCUCUUCAAAAGCAAAUAGCAUCGAUCAUGGACGAGCUCGCCAAAGCCGCGGUGGCCGAGAUCAGCAAAGUGGUGGACGAUGGCGUCGUCAUGCUCCGGCUGGAGAUCUGCGAGCGCGAGCACGAGAUCGACUCGUUAAAGCGGAAUCUGCAGAUGGUGUCCGAGGAGCUGCGCGAGACGCGGCGCGCGCUCGUCCGCCAGUGUGUGAGUGCCGCGCGCCCCAGACAGCCGCUCAAAGGUGCCAAAGAAAGUGAUCAAAGAGAUAAAGAAAGACAGCCUGUAACGGACGACUCCGACAGACCGAGCGACGACGCGUCAGCAUCUAGAGUGGUUGUAAAGCUUGAAAAAAUAGAUGACGAGCAGGCGGAGGACGAUGGAAUCCAGGGCACGAGAACUGAAUUUGAACCACACUCAGGUUCCACUGAUGAAGACCAACUGGCCCAGGUUUGGUCAUCAGAGAACAAUUUCUAUUCCAGACAGGAUCAGUCUCGACACAGGACGGAGCAUUGCUCUGAGGGAGAGCAGAAUAAUAACGACUCGCUCGGGGGCAGAGCAGAGACGCAGGGCCUGAGUGGAGAAGAUGAUCUGUCGGUAGAUAGCCUGCAUGCAGCAUCGGAUGAACUUCUGAGAGCGCAGCCACGUUCUCUCACACACAACUCGCUGGUGCACCCUCCUCCUGAAUGUCAGGGUGAUUUCGGUGCAUUCGCACUCAGCGUAGCAUCCAGAGGGAGACCGAUGGUUGGGGCGGCUUUGCAGAAGAGACGAUUCGCCUGUGCCUUUUGCAGCAAGAGCUUUGAUCGUCUCAGUCACCUUGAUAGACAUCAGCGCAUACACACGGGAGAAAAACCAUUCAGCUGCAUGUUAUGUGGCCGGUGCUUCACCCAGAAAAGCAGCUUAAAAAGCCAUCUGAAGACCCACCGAGGAUUCACCGGCGACUUAGACGCAGCAUCUUUGUUGCCUAGUGAAAACAAUCUCUUCAGUGAUGAGUGGAAUAUGGCAACUCACUGUGAAGAGCAGCUCGCGCACAACUUUGACCAAAACGCAGAAGAACCGAACUCGCACCCGACCUACCUGAGCCAAGAAGGACCUCACUUCAUAAACACAGAUGAAGAGAGCAUGCACCAAACGUACAGAGAUCAGAUUAGAAACUUCCCUGCAGAAAAAAACAAGAUGGCAGCCGAUCUACCUGAGCCAUAUGAGAAGAAUAGGCAAGAAUUGGAAGAAGAUGAAGAUCCGGGGUUAUCUGAUUGUCGUCUGGACGAGCCUAGGCACUCUGGAUCUGAGAGCGUCCUGGACGAGGAAGAUGCUCAGGCACACUCUUUGAACGCAGCAAGCUUUGGAAAAGACUCGAUGGAAUCCGAAUGCGUUAGCACAACCGAGCAAACCUCAGCUCAAAACCAACAGCGAUUAGAAUCUACCUCGUCAGUCCUUCUCAUGUGGGGGGUCUCUGAAGCCAAUAGUGUUCCUGCGGACCAAAUCCACGUCAAAGAGGAGGAAGAGGACACGUCCCGCUUGGAUGACCAAGAGUCCAAUCUGAAUCCAGAGGCGUCCUAUGACCUGAACACAGCUUCACCUUUAGAUCAGAACUUGACCUCUGAGUCUCUCCGGAGUGCAGAGACUGCAGCGGUGCCUGAUUUUCCAUACGACACGUUACCUCGGAGACAGCAGGUUUUGAAUGGACGUGAGAGGCGCUUCGUGUGUGUUCUCUGUGGUAAGAGUUUUGACCGUCUGAGCCACCUGGACCGGCAUCAGCGCGUGCAUACCGGAGAGAAGCCCUACAGCUGUGGGACAUGUGGCAGGAGCUUCACACAGAAAAGCAGCCUCAAGGGUCACAUGCGAACACACACUGGCGAACGCGGCUUCAGCUGCUCUCAGUGUGGCAUGAGCUUCCCUACGCGAGCGAGUCGCUACCGGCAUCACUGUAAUUAACUAUGACCUGCGUUUAACACUUAAUCUCAAAGGUCCUGCUGUAUGAACUAAACAGUGCGGAAGAAAAUGUUUUUAGGUAGGUUCUUAUAACUCAUCAGCUUUCUACUUUGAUACAGCUGUUUUCCUCUGUCCUAGACCACGUUUGCUGUACAACGAAUUACAUUUCUGAUAUUAAAGUGUGUGCAAAUCAUCCACCCUGCAUUCAAGGGUUACACAAAGUAAUUCUAUUUUUUUGGGAAAUUCUACAUCAGAAACAAAUUUUAACGUUUACAAAAAUUUUAACAAUGACUUUACCUGAAAGACCAAUUUUACAAAGUUUUCCAUGUUUACUCUGUCUAUCUGAAAGGCUAGUGACGCAAUCAGCUGCUGUGUGAUGCCAAUUAUAUCCCUGAAGCUGUUACAGCGAUGUAAAAAUCAUGAUUACAGACAACAGUGUCAGACUGCGAAACGUAUCAUUAUGGACAAACAUCUCACAAACUUGCCUUAACCAAGCAUUUAUAAGCUCAACGUGCCCUGACUAGCCCUGGAGAAACAAUUUUCUCGCUUUUGUCUUGGCAUAAAAUUAAAGAACUACACUCAGUCAGACAACUUAAAGAGGAUGCAGUGGGAUUUUUCUGCGUGAGCUGAAUCAAAUCUAAUAUCCGUUCAUCACACAUUUUCUGUGGAUGUUUAGAAGCCAAGGUUGAGGUUGGUGCUUUCAGGGCUUUUUAAAAGAAAUAAAUCAGUAAGUUAAAGCAGUGGUGUUUUAUUCCCCAGUUAAAACUGGGAUGACGUGAAACAUCCAUUAGCUCUAAACUUAGUAGGUUAUUUUAUGUGCUUUCUCUUUAUAAGAAUCAUAAUAAUUAUGAACAUGUAAUGGUAUUUAUCAUUAGGUUGGGCUGCAGAAUGUGUGCCGUCCCUUUUUGUUAAACGUGCUGUCAGGUCGUAGCAGCCAAACGCCUUCGGUUUUGGGGGUAAUUUAGUGUAGAGAAGAGAUUUCGUCUAUUAGGAAUAGAAUUUAUAGCUAAUUGUCACAACUGGACAGGAAUGCAGUAUAUGUCCUUAUUUUUUUGGUACUGUAAUCACAUGUUGUGUACUUUUUCAUCACUGGAAAGCUGGAAACAUGCGAUGAGCCAUCAACAGGACUGGGCAUUGAUGUAAUUGUUUCUCUGCAGACUUUAUUAAAUCAUGA